AAUCACAAUAAUGAAUGCACAUGCCUUAUUGAUGAAUCAGUAUCCAACAAGACAAGACCUUUUAGAAAUGUCAAAGUCUUUAGUUAUUAAAUACCCUUGCCUGAAUGACAAGACAUCAAAACAUAUUACAUUGUUCAACAAGUUAAGGAAAAGGUUUUAUAAUGAAAAACCAAUACAAAAUAAACGGAUUAAAAGUUUGAUAAAAACGACCCUGGAAAAUGGAGGUGAAACUGAUGUUGAUUUUUCAUCAAGUCAGAGUGUGAGUGAAUUAAGUUCAUCACCACCUGUCAAAAGUAAGUUCAUGUUACAUAGCUAACAUAUAGAGUUCUUUUUAUCCUAUUAAUAAUA